AUGGAGAGAGUAGAUCUAAACGAGAGAGUGCAGUUGAAGAAAGAGAAGGAAUUAUUUUUCAUCAUGAACAAGGAGUUAAAUAGGCGAAUGUGUGAGUUAUUGAGAAAAACUGAAAACUUAGCGAAAGAGAGGGAGGCCUUAAAGAAGGAGAAGGAAUAUUUCUAUAUACAGAGAGGACAGUUUAUGAGGGAUGAGGACGAGGAGUUGAAGAAGAAAGUCAAAGUUGAGGAUAUGGAAGAAAAAGAACAGGGAAAUGUGGAGUUGGAGGUGCAAUCGUAUGGUAUGGCGGAGCGUAAUCUAUUGGAUGAAGCACUCGUUUCUCCUCCUGUUUAUGUAAGGAGAACUAAAAGGGUACUUAAGCCAUCUUAUUAUAUGGUUUCUCCAUUCUUGUCCCUGAUGCUAUCGACAGAUGAACUCAAAGAGGUAGAAAAAUACUAUGAAGCAAAUAAGGAGACGGGAGAGGCUUCAUGGUUCAAGUCUAUAUGGGUAGAUGAUGCGUGGGUUGAUAGCGUGGCUAUCGACAAAUAUGUUGACUUCCUAGAGGAAAGGCAGUCUGAUUGUGCAAUUGCAUAUCCCCAAGAUUGCAAGUUCUGUCCCACUUAUUUUAUGCCAUGCCUUCAAACUAGUGUGCCGACUCUAAGGGCGUAUCGGGACUCAAAGUUUGCUUCGGAACGUGCAAAGUUGGUAAGCAUGAUGAACAAUGUCAUCGCAAUUGCCAAGCAGCGGGGUAAAUCACACGCCAAGGAGAUUUGGUAUAGUGAACGGGUUUAUGUACCCAUCAACCAUGAUAACUCUCAUUGGUUCUUGAUGGUCCUAUAUCCAAGACAACGGGAGAUCAUUAUUAUCGAUAGCUUAGUGUCAAAUGCUCUCCUAAAGUAUAAGCAGAUGAUCAAUUUGAUGACGGAGGCGCUCCCGAUUCUCUUCCAUACCACCGGAGACGUCACCGCGCAUGAAGGGAAGACUUGGACUGCCAAAUCCAUGAAAUCUGUGCCAAAGCAAUGCAAUAGUUUUGACUGUGGCAUAUUUGCAUGA